GCUAGCACGGCGAAAAAAGACCGAGUGCAAGACAAAGCUGAAGAAAGAGCAAAAUCCGACGCACAGUUUCAUGGAUAGCCGAAGUCCGAUGCCGAAGGAGUUAUUCUGGGACUCCUUCACGCCGCAAAAGCUCCGAUCAACAUGUUCAUGCCCUUGAGAAGUCCCCUGAGCAGUCUUUACUGGGCAGGUGGAAACUCCCCAUUGUCUCAUGCUGUGUUUCCUCGCUUUGCUAGAAAGGAAAGCUGAUAGUGGAGAAGACCGCUGCAUCGCCGCUGGCUGAGUUCUCCCUGGUGGAGGAUGCAUCUCUGCAUUUCUCACGUUUGAUGGACAGGCUGAAUGAGCAGCGCCUCUCUCAGCCAGACCUGUGUGACGUGGACCUCGUGCUGGUGCGUCAGCGGAGCACCUUCCGCGCCCACAAGGGCGUGCUGGCCGCCCACAGCCCUUUCUUCCAGGCGCUGUUCGCCCGGGGCAGAGAGUUGCGCCGCGUGGACCUGGCAGUGGAGGCGCUCACCAGCCAGGGCUUGGAGCAGGUCCUUGACUUCAUCUACACAUCCAGGCUGCUGGUGACAGGCCGGACGGCGCGCGACGUCCUCCGAGCCGCCUCCGUGCUCCAGAUGAGCGAGCUAGCCGCGUCCUGCCGCGAGCUCAUAGGCAGCCAGUCACUGGGUGCCGGUGAGGGCUGCGUCCACACGGAGCGCCACGGCCCAUCGUACUGCGACCUGGAGCUGGAAGAAGAGGAGCUGGCACAGAUGUACGCCCGGGAGGGGGUCAGGCCCUUUUCUGUGCGCGUGGUAGACAGUGGGGAGGCAGGAAGCCUCCUGUCCGGUGCCCCGACGCACCACCCCAUAACGCAGGCCAAACUCUUCUACAAGAAGGAUGAGAGUGAAGGGGGGUUUGGUUUAUGCAAAUCGGAGGGUGGAGUCAGCUUGGAGGAGGCAGGGUCUCAAGAGAAUUCCACCUCCUUUAACAGAGAACAAAUCAUUGUGGAGGUCAAUCUUAACAACCAAACCCUGAAUGUCUCCAAGGGGUCAGAGGGCAAGGCCACCACAGAGAUUUCCCCUUUGCUUGCCCAUUGCCACGGUGAACAGCCUGAUGUGGAAGAAAACAGCAGUGAUUACAACGACAGUGCUGACCAGGCAGAGAAAGACUACGAGCACAGAAAGGACGAGAUGGAAAACGGCAGCGAAGAGGAAGAGGAAGACGAAGAGGAGGAGGAAGAGAGUGACCUCAGCACUGCAGAUGUGGGCCAGGCCGUCGUGGAGCGGCCUCGGGCCUCGCCGAGUCAGGGACAGGAGGGCCGGCUGGGCAAGGCGGAGCACGAAGGUCUGGGCCAGAAGGUGAAGCUGGAGGAGAAGCAGCACUAUCCCUGCAAGAAGUGCCCGCGCAUCUUCAACAACCGCUGGUACCUGGAGAAGCACGCCAAUGUCACCCACAACCGCAUGCAGAUCUGCAAUAAGUGCGGCAAGCGCUUCCUACUGGAGAGUGAGCUGCUCCUGCACCAUCAGACCAACUGUGAGAAGAACAUACAGUGCGUGAUGUGUGGAAAGGUAUUUAAGAAACUGUGGUCUUUACACGAACACAACAAGAUUGUCCACGGCUACGCUGAGAAGAAGUUCUCCUGUGAGAUCUGCGAGAAGAAGUUCUACACUAUGGCUCAUGUUCGUAAACACAUGGUCGCGCACACUAAGGACAUGCCGUUCACCUGCGAGACCUGUGGGAAGUCCUUCAAGCGCAGCAUGUCUCUGAAGGUGCACUCUCUGCAGCACUCAGGGGAAAAGCCCUUCAGGUGUGAGAACUGCAGUGAGCGUUUCCAGUACAAGUACCAGUUACGCUCCCACAUGAGCAUCCACAUCGGCCACAAGCAGUUCAUGUGUCAGUGGUGCGGCAAGGACUUCAACAUGAAGCAGUACUUCGACGAGCACAUGAAGACGCACACGGGAGAGAAGCCGUACAUCUGUGAGAUUUGUGGGAAGAGCUUCACAAGCAGGCCCAACAUGAAGAGGCACAGGCGGACGCACACGGGCGAGAAGCCGUACCCCUGCGACGUGUGCGGACAGCGCUUCCGCUUCUCCAACAUGCUGAAGGCCCACAAGGAGAAGUGCUUCCGGGUCAGUCACCUGGCAGGCAGCGAGGGCGCCCCCUUGGGGCUCGAUGUGGCAUCGCCCACUGCAGCAGAGCCCUUGUUGGGUGCGCAGGCCGGCCGCUCCGUUACCCCGCCUGGCGAGGAGUCUGAUCCGCACCACAGCAGUCCUCCACCCAUGCCUGUGAUCGGAGGUCUUCGCUCUCCUCCUCUGCCUCCUCUCUUCUCCACUGGAAGGGUUAACUCAAGCAACCACUAGGGCAGGAGCAUGGAGACUACUGUAGUUGCACUCCCAGUGUUCUGAACCCAAAGCUGCAGGUCAUUCAACUUUGUGAAUCAGAGGAGAGCGAGAGAGAGAGAGGAGAGCGAGAGAGUGUGUGUGUGUGUGUGUGUGUGUGUGUGUGUGUGUGUGUGUGUGUGUGUGUGUGUGUGUGUGAGUGUGUGAGUGACUAAUGCUGUGUCAGCUACAGCUUAGCAUUCUCUUAGAGAUAUUUUAUAUAUUGUCUAGAGUAGGUCCUCAUAGGUCCUCAAGAAAUAUGUUCUCAUUCUUGGCAUAUAUGCUUGUUUUUAUGAGCUACAGGACUGGCUGCAUCUUCCUGGUUAGGUUCUCAGCUGAUUAGGCUUUUAAAAAGUUACAGAUGGGACAGCAGAGGUUUAGGGGCAUGGACUGUGGUACGCUAGUUUGUUUACUUUGACUGUAUCAAUAAUGCAUAUGAAAAUUACAGACAGAACAUCUGGUCUUUCUGCCUAUAAGUGUGUGCAGUUGCAGAAAGCCCAAAGGAGGAAACAUCUGCACUGUGGCCUCGCUCAUGGACUCAAUUCACCACAUCUGUCUAUGAUGGUAAAGAACCACAUACAUGAGCUGUGCUCCAACCACCAGAGGGCGCUGUGGGACAGAAGAGCUACCGAAGAGGGAAGACUUGACUUCUUCAGUGAGUUACAACCGCUGCGUUUCAUUGUGCUGGUGAUGACCAAGUCCCAGGUGUCCCUGGACUGUUUAUGUAUCGCACUGCAGUAACCAAAUUCUGUGUGCUCAUACACUUAUUAGAUAUGAUGCAUUAAUAGUCACUCCUGCACCUUAUUUUUAACCUUAGAAAUAUUUGUUAUAUUCUCUAAUGCUGUUUUUUUAAUGGAGUUUGGUAUGAUUGGUGUGCAGCUUGGCUUGGCGCCCUGUGUACGUUUUUGAAGGGGGUUAUGGAAGGGUUGGUCUGUGCUGAGCGUAGAAACGGGAUCUGCUCACUGUGUGUGUGAACUGUUAAUCAUUCAAAAAAUGCUUCCAGAGGUCAAAUAUUUAGCAAAAAAGCUUUCUUUUGUUCUUUCUUUGAUUUGUAUUUACAACUAGAAGAGCACUUUAUAAAUGCUGGCCUAUGUACUGACUAUUGAUGCGACUGAAAAAUCAGAACCUUGGACUUGAUUUAAUAAUUUUUGUGUUUACUGGGGGUUUUUUUUGGCUUAUGGAAAGUGCAGCAAUAUAUUCCACAAUUGACAUUUUGCAAUUUGUACCUGAAGGUUUUGUAUCUUUUAAUAAUUUAUGGUACAUCACAUUUUGAAAUUGUUUAAUGCAUGUAUUUCCAUUUUCAGUCCUUUAUCUGCUUACUGUGAGAGACAUUUUAUUUCACUGAUCGCAAUUAUUUGAUAUUGAUUUGAUCCUAAAAUAAGUCUUAAAAUAAUAUAAAGAAUAUAUAGAUCAUUGAUUAUUGCAUAUAUAUUAAUGUACUCGUGUUGCUCCUAAAAUGGAGAAACAACUAAAUAUGGUUUGACCUGCUUUUGAAAACAAGUGAGAGAUGCCGCCCCCUUA